AUGAUUUCCCGAUACAAACCGAGUCCCGGUUCCACCAUGUCCUUGGCGUUCUGUGGGAACGAGAACAACUCGGUGGCCUACAAUGUGGACGGGGGUGUUCUGAACAACGGCUGUUUCCUGGACGCGCUCAAUGUGGUCCCACAUGUCUUCCUCCUCUUCAUCACCUUUCCCAUCCUCUUCAUCGGUUGGGGCAGCCAGAGUUCAAAGGUCCACAUCCACCACAGUACCUGGCUUCACUUUCCUGGACACAACCUGCGCUGGCUCCUCACCUUCAUCCUGCUCUUCAUCCUCGUCUGUGAGAUUGCAGAGGGCAUCGUUUCCGAUGGGUUCAGCCAGUCGCAUCAUCUUCACCUCUACAUGCCUGCAGCUCUGGCCUUCAUGGCCGGCAUCACCUCUAUCAUCUACUAUCACAACAUCGAGACAUCUAACUUCCCUAAACUACUCUUAGCCCUGCUCAUCUACUGGGUACUGGCCUUCAUCAUGAAGACGGUCAAGUUCGCCAAAUACACCGAGCAUGGCAUCGGCCCCAGGCAGCUGCGCUACUGCAUCACGGGACUGCUGGUGCUGCUCUACGGGCUCCUGCUGGCUGUGGAGAUCAAUGUCAUCCUGGGCCGGCGCUACGUGUGUUUCGCCAAUCCGACAGAGGUGAAGCCCCCCGAGGACCUGCAGGACCUCGGGGUCCGCUUCCUGCAGCCGUUCGUCAACCUGUUGUCCAAAGCCACCUACUGGUGGAUGAACACCUUCAUCACCUCCGCCCACCGCCGGCCCAUCGACCUCAAGGUCAUUGGCAAGCUGCCCAUCGCCAUGAGGGCGCUCACCAACUACAUUAAACUGCGCAAAGCUUUCGAGGAGCAGAAGAGGCCUCAGGGCACGGCGCCCCAGGGGCCCAAGUGGAUCUGGCAGGCCUUGAGGAAAGCGUUCGGCAGGCCUCUCAUUCUCAGCAUCACGUUUCGCUUCCUGGCCGACCUGCUGGGCUUCGCCGGCCCCCUCUGCAUCUCCGGCAUCGUCCACCACAUCAGCAAAGACAAUCGGACCAUCCAGCAGCCGAUGAGGCUGCUCGGCAUCUAUUUCAUCUCCUCCAAGGAGUUCCUGGAGAACGCGUACGUGUUGGCCGUGCUGCUCUUCUUUGCUCUGCUCCUCCAAAGGACCUUCCUCCAGGCUUCAUACUAUGUGGCCAUUGAAACGGGCAUCAACCUGCGCGGAGCCAUUCAGACGAAAAUCUACAACAAAAUCAUGCGCCUGUGCACCUCCAACAUGUCCAUGGGCGAGCUCACUGUGGCUCAGAUCUGCAACCUGGUUGCCAUAGACACCAACCAGCUGAUGUGGUUCUUCUUCCUGUGUCCGAACCUGUGGGCCAUGCCGGUACAGAUCAUUGUGGGAGUCAUCCUGCUUUACUACCUCUUGGGAAUCAGUGCCUUGAUUGGAGCGACUGUCAUCGCGGUGUUAGCUCCUGUACAGUACUUUGUGGCCACAAAGCUGUCUCAAACACAAAAGAACACUCUGGAGUACUCCAGUGAACGCCUGAAGAAAACCAACGAGCUGCUGCGCGGCAUCAAGCUGCUGAAGCUGUACGCCUGGGAGCGCAUCUUCUGCGACAGCGUGGAGGAGACCAGGGGCAAGGAGCUCACCAGCCUCCAGGCCUUCGCUCUUUACACGUCCAUAUCCAUUUUCAUGAAUGCAGCAAUCCCCAUCGCCGCUGUGCUGACGACGUUUGUGGUUCAUGUCCACAUUUCCGAAGACGCCGAUCUGUCCCCGGCAGUGGCCUUCGCCUCUCUGUCCCUCUUUCACAUCCUGGUCACGCCGCUCUUCCUGCUCUCCAGCGUGGUGCGCUCCACCGUCAAGGCCCUCGUCAGCGUCCAGAAGCUCAGUGAGUUUUUCUCAAGCGAUGAGAUUGGAGAGGAGCAGGAGCCCAGAGCCACGGUGACCUCCGGCUCCAGCAACCACAACCAGAACCGCUACCAGGCUGUGCCCCUGAAGGUAGUGAACCGGAAGCGCCCUCCGAGGGACGACUGGAACAACUACAGCUCCCAGGGAGACCAUGAAGGGGAUGGACCGUCCCAAGAAGUGGACCAGGACAUCUGCAUCAAGAUCACUUGUGGAUAUUUCACAUGGACUGACGGACCACCAACACUUGCUAAUGUGGACAUCAAGAUUCCUUUUGGUAAACUGACCAUGAUCGUGGGCCAGGUGGGUUGUGGGAAAUCAUCUCUGCUGCUGGCAGCACUGGGUGAGAUGCAGAGAGUGUCAGGAUCCGUCAUCUGGAACAGCUUACCAAACCCGGAGUCUGAGGGAGACGAAAGUCUGCCUCCAGAUGCGGCCGGUGACGGACAGAUCAGGAAGAGAGGCGCUGUGGCCUACGCUUCCCAGAAGCCCUGGCUGCUGAACGCCAGCGUGGUGGAGAACAUCACCUUCGAGAUGCCCAUGAUAAAAUCCAGAUACAAAACCGUCAUCGAGGCCUGCUCUCUCCAGCCUGACAUUGACAUCCUUCCACAGGGGGACCAGACAGAAGUCGGGGAGCGGGGCAUCAUCCUGUCGGGCGGGCAGAAACAGCGGAUCAGUGUGGCCAGAGCCUUGUACCAGCAGACCAACGUGGUGUUCCUGGAUGACCCAUUUUCUGCCUUAGACAUCCACCUGAGUGACCACCUGAUGCAGGACGGCAUCCUGAAGCUCCUGAGAGAGGAGAAGAGGACGGUGGUGCUCGUCACGCACAAACUCCAGUAUCUGCCACACGCUGACUGGAUCAUUGCCAUGAAAGAUGGGACCAUCCAGACUGAAGGGACUCUGAAGGACAUCCAGAACACCGAGCCCGAGCUCUUCGAGCAGUGGAAAACCUUGAUGCACAGACAGGACCAGGAGUUUGAGAAGGAGACGGUGGCAGAGAGCAUGACAGAUCUGGAGAGGAAGAACCUGCGCCGGGCCAUGUACUCCAGAGAGGCCGCCCGGACCGAAGAGGACGAGGAAGAGGAAUCACUGGAGAGCGACGACGACGACGACAACCUGUCGCAGGUGAUGAGGCAGCGAGCCACCAUCCCCUGGCGCUCCUGCGGCACCUACCUGUCCUCCGCCGGGCUGCUGCUGCUCUCCCUGCUCCUGCUGUCGCAGCUCCUCAAACACUCCCUCAUGGUCGCCAUCGAUUACUGGCUGGCGCACUGGACGUCGCACGUCAUCACGGCGAAGAUGGAGGCGAGCGCUCAUAACUGCACCGUGGUUCAGGACUGUGGCUUCAGCCACUCGUGGUACCUGUCGGUGUUCAGCGUUCUGUGCUGCCUCGGCAUCGUGCUCUGUCUCGCCACCUCUGUGGCGGUGGAGUGGACCGGGCUCAGAGUGGCCAAGGAGCUCCACCACAACCUGCUCAGCAAGAUCAUCCUGGCCCCCAUGAGGCUGUUUGAGACGACGCCGCUCGGCAGCAUCCUCAACAGGUUUUCCACGGACACCAACACCAUCGACCAGCACAUCCCCACCACGCUGGAGUGCCUGAGCCGCUCCACCCUGCUGUGCGUCUCCGCCCUGGGGGUCAUCUCCUACGUGACGCCCGUCUUCCUCAUCGCCCUGCUGCCGCUGGCCGUCACCUGCUACUUCAUCCAGAAAUACUUCCGCGUGGCCUCCAGGGACCUGCAGCAGCUGGAGGACAGCACCCAGCUGCCGUUACUCUCCCACUUCUCCGAGACAGUGGAAGGCCUCACCACCAUCCGGGCCCUCAGAUACGAGCCGAGGUUCAGACAGAGGUUACUGCAGUUCACCGACGCCAACAACAUCGCCUCCCUCUUCCUGACCGCCGCCAACCGCUGGCUGGAGGUCCGCAUGGAGUACAUCGGGGCCUGCGUGGUGCUGGUGGCAGCUGUAGCCUCCAUCACCAACUCGCUCUACAACCAGCUGUCCACCGGCCUGGUGGGACUCGGCCUGACUUACGCGCUCAUGGUCUCCAACUACAUGAACUGGAUGGUGCGCAACCUGGCAGACAUGGAAGUACAGCUUGGCUCGGUCAAGAGGAUUAACGGCCUGCUCAAAACUGAACCGGAGAAUUACGAAGGGCUGCUCACCGUGUCUCAGGUCCCUGACGGCUGGCCCCGGCAGGGAGAGAUCAAGAUCCAGAACCUGAGCGUCCGCUACGACCCCUCGCUGAAGCCUGUGCUGAAAAACGUCAACGCACAAGUCAGCCCUGGGCAGAAGGUGGGGAUCUGUGGCAGGACUGGCAGCGGAAAAUCCUCCUUCUCCCUGGCCUUCUUUCGUAUGGUCGACAUGUUCGAGGGCAGGAUUGUGAUCGAUAACAUCGACAUCUCGAAGCUCCCUCUGCAGACGCUGCGCUCUCGGCUGUCCAUCAUCCUGCAGGAUCCCUUCCUGUUCAGCGGCACCAUCCGGUUUAACCUGGACCCAGAGAUGAAGGCGACAGAUGAAAUGCUGUGGGAGGCUCUGGAGAUCGCUCAGCUGAAGCCGGUCGUCAAGUCUCUUCCAGGAGGCCUGGAUGCGGUGGUGACCGAGGGAGGCGAGAACUUCAGCCAGGGUCAGAGACAGCUGUUCUGCCUGGCCAGAGCCUUCGUCAGGAAGAGCAGCAUCCUCAUCAUGGACGAAGCCACGGCCUCCAUCGACAUGGCAACGGAGAGCAUCCUGCAGAAAGUGGUGAUGACUGCGUUCGCGGACCGAACGGUCGUUAUCAUAGCACAUCGCGUCCACACCAUCCUGAAUGCCGACCUGGUGAUUGUGAUGAAGCGCGGGAUCAUCCUGGAGUACGACACGCCCCAGGCCCUGCUGGACAAGGAGGACAGCGUCUUCGCCUCGUUUGUCCGGGCAGACAAGUAGCACAAGAAGAGGAAAGCAGAAGGAAGACAUUCGAAGUGCAAUUGUCCCAUGAGAUAUAUAUUUCUUUUUAUUUUUUGAUCAUGUUGUAAUAUAUUUGUA